AUGUCGGAAAUACUUACCGGGACAAAUGGAGUGCCGGAAAAUGGCCAAGUGAUGCGUAGAAGGAAACGAGCAACUCGGGUUUGUACUCAGUGCAAGAAACGCAAGAUAAGAUGUGACAGGCAAUUACCGUGUUCCAAUUGUGUUAAAUCAAGAGGAAAACUUGAGUGUCACUAUGAUGAAGAAUCAGGAGCAGCUUCUGCCAGUUCCAAUAUUUUGCUCAGCAGUAAGACUAGGGCCCUUCCGUAUGAACAAAGCGCUAAACAGCCAUUACAGUUUUUGAACUUCAACUCCCAUAAUAUGACAACUAAGCUGGACACAAGUGAAGGUGCAUCGGAUUCUAUCAAGACAAAUGGCAAAAGAGAACGAAGCAACGACAACUUGCGUGAUAGCAGUAGUAGUAGAAGCAGCAGUAGCAGUAGCCGCAGUGCCAAUGGAAAAAAGAAGAUGAAGAGUGCAGACAAUGUAUCGAUUUCGUUGAAUGAGCUACGCAAAUUGAAGGAAAGAUUGGCAACUAUUGAAUCGAAUUUGGGCCUGGCAAAAACUAAAAUGUCUGAACCUCAACGAACAACACCAUUGCAAUAUUCAAUAUCAUCGCCAAAACUAUCUAUCCCAAUGAUGAAUAACCAGAAUUGGCCUUCUAAUGUGCCACUGAGCAUUCAAUCUUUUGGUUCGCAUUCUGGUCUUUCGCCACAACCUCAGUUUUCCACAACUCAUAAAUUGUCCAAUACUAGACACCAGUCGCCAAAUAUCCAGUUGCCUCCAAUAAACGUUAAAGAUGGUAUAUCUCCGUAUGAAAGUUCUGAUUACAAUGGAUCUAGCGUUGGUAGCAUUCCGUCUAAUAAUCCACCGCUCUCCAAUCUUGCCCGUUUGCCAACAAACUUGAUUGGGGUGAACCCAUAUUUGAAUGAAACAGAAACUAUCAAUUUUUAUGAAAAUUAUUCGUCUGUGUUUUGUAAAGAUACUAGAAGAAUUAGCUAUGGACCAUUUGCCUGGUCUUCGUUAAUGAAGAGAGACCAAGUCUUGAGCACUCUUUGGGAGUACAUUGGGAAGCAAAAGGAGUCGCUGAAGGAUUUUGUCUUUUGCUCAGGUAGUAAUGAAAUCACCCACGAAAAGACUCAAUUAGUUACGAGUGAACCUAAAGAGUCCGAAAUGCAUUUUAGAAAGAAAAUGUUGGAGACUGGCGGGUAUAGUGAUGUGGUACCAUAUGAUUUGUUAAAGGAGAAAAUGAAGAAAAAUUUAAAGAAAGAGACAAUCCCACUAGGAUUGACUUUAUAUGAAGGUCCUUUAAGUUGCGAGUUACAACUCGUUGACAAAAUAAAGCAAAUAUUACCCAAGAAGAAAGUUAUUUGGAAAUUGGUUGAUCGAUUCUUCACUUGGUGUUAUCCAUUUUUACCAUUCCUUGAUGAGGUUGAUUUUGUUGAAUGGGUGGAAAAGAUUGUUGGUCCAAAAUCUUUUGAUGAUGUCAAUAUUGAAGAAGUGAAAAUCGAGAGAAGACUUGAUUUGGCAGUGAUUGGUAUCUUGUUAAUUGUGAUGCGGUUAGCAUAUUUGUCCUUAUUUUCAAAUAAACUACUGGUGAAUGAAGAAAGAUUGAAUUCAACCGAUCCUUCAGAGGAGGUUCAGGAUACAAAAUAUAUGAUGCGCAAUCCAAUUAGUAUAAACACAAUAGCUAUUGCUAAUGCUUGUUUAUACCAAUUCGAUAUAUUAAGAAGAACAUCAAUGCCUGUUUUACAAUUGGCAAUUUUCAUAAAGUUUUAUCAUACUUUUGCUCCAGAAGAUGGUGAUGACGGGGAUGGAGCAGAUUCGAAUGCUUUAACUGCAAUGAUGAUUCAAAUGGCUUACUCAUUAGGGUUGUAUCGUGAACCCAAUAACUAUCCUGGCAUUUUGAACAACAAAAAGCUAAAUCAUUUGGGUCGCAAGAUUUGGCAUUUGCUUGUUAUGAUAGAUAUACACAAUGCGUACUCUUUCGGAAGCCCUUUACUCAUUGAUUCAAAUAGUUACGAUACAAAAGUCCCGUUCCAUGAAGAUGGUAAUGAGAAUCUCAAGGAUAAGGAGUUGGACCGAUAUAUAACCGAGAGAUAUUUUCCUUCCAAUACCGAGUUGAAUGAAAUGGUGAAACUGAUAUUGAUAAAGACUUUGAAUGUUUCAGGCCGAGUCAAACUCUGUGAGUUAUGUAAUCUUUUAAGUGAGUUUGAAGUGAAAAUGGCACAGAAAUAUACAUCAUUAAAGGAUUGUUUAACCAUUAGAGAGUCAGAAAGUCACAUAUUUUCCAGAAACUUUUCAUCCAAAUUUUUCAUUUCCUUAAAGUCAUUUCUUGUUUCAAUCUAUUUCCAUAUUUUCCUUCAUUAUGAGCAUAAGGACGUACAAUUAUCAUUUUUUUAUUUGAAGAAGAUUUUGAAAAUUGCAGCUACUGAAAUCAUGCCUCAUUAUUUUGAGUUGUUGGGAAACAGUGAAGUUAUUUGUGAUCUGUUUAUCAAUCCAAAGUUGCAACAAAUAAUCCAUAAAUCGAAUCAGAUCUUUAUUGCAAUGAUAAUAAGAGUCAAUUUGUCAAUAUACUUUUUGAAGUCACAACUGGAUCAUGAAAGCAAAUGUUUUUCAGAUACAUCGUAUUACAAUUAUUACAAAGAGUUGUGCAAGUUUUCGUCUUGUUUGACAAGGUGCGCAGAGGUGUCUAUUGCUGCUGUUUCGAAAUUAAGUACGAGAUACUUUUAUGCUUGGAAAUUAACAAAGAGUCACACAUAUUUGUUGAAACUUGUAACGACCUUGGAUUUUUAUAAAGAUCCCUUACACAUUGCAAGGCCAAACUUGAGAUUACCGGAGUUUUCAACUAACCAAAUCAGUGAUUUGGUGGAAAUGUGUGAGAGUGCAUUACGAAUUUUGGGUAAGGUUGGUCUUCAGGGCAAUGAAUUUUGCAGUGAUGUUAGCUACAAGCAGUUUAAGCAUCAAAAUAGUGAAGUCUCUACGAUCUCGUCCACGAAGCAAAGUGACAACAGUACAACCGAUUUGGUUGAUUUAUCGACACCAGCAUCCAAUGUCUCAUUAGAUGGAAAAGCUUAUACAAAUGAGUUUGGAUUGGAUCUUGUUAAUAAUGCUGAGAUUGAUUCUAUCUGGUUACAAAUGCUAUCGACGCAGCAGCAGCAGCAACAGCAGCAGUUUAUACCGCAAUCUCCUGGUGGUCAAUCAGUGCCUUAUUUAAGUCCCUUGACCGGUCAAUUGUCUUCAGAACAAGCAAAUAUCAAUAAUAGCAAACCAUCACCCAGUCCAUUUCCUGGUCAGUCUAAUCAGUCUGCGAUGCAGCCAAUCUCCACACCUGGUCAGAUUUACGAAACUCCAUUUACUUUAGGGUUCCCGCGUCCACCGAGUUCAGGAUUUGGCGUCGACGAAAAUGGGCUGGUUGAUUUGUUUGCUGAGCUACCCUUGAAUCAAAUGUUUAACCUUUGA